UUGACUAUACCAUUGUACUGACAGUACUUUCAGUCAAUUUCCGAACACGCCCCCUAAGGUAGUGCUUUCCUGCUCUAACUUUUUUUGGCAUUUUCUAUUGGUCAAAAACUCAGCAGUAAAAUACUGCGACAUUUUUUGCUGCCCGUGAAAAUCCAGCCUACAUUGGCGGAGUGGACUUUGCAGAAAAAGUAUCAAACGUGCGCGUGAAUGAGCAAUGAUCUCAAACGAAUUGAAAUGAAUUUGAGCACCGCAUUUAAACUAAUCGGUACGAAGUCUUAGGUUAGGUUAGGAUAGGUUGAAUCGAAAAAUGGGAAUUCAAGAAGCGUUGAAUUACGCGUUGUAUACUAAUCCCCUCAGUUCUAACGCAUUUGACAUCGCCAAGAGCACAAUCACCGGCUUAGUGAGUUACGUAGGAUUAACUCCACAGACAGAUAUUAAAAUGGUUGUACCAUCUCCUGUGCCCUUAUGGAAGCUUGCAGCCGCUACCGGACCGUACGUGAGACUUGCAGCAUUCAGCGGAGCAUUAGCAGUAGUCCUUGGUGCAUACGGAUCUCACCGACAAUAUCCCAAAGAGACUGCUAGAGAUAGUAUGAGGAUUUUUGAAACGGCCAAUAGAUACCACUUUAUUCACACUUUGGCCUUGCUUGGCCUGCCGCUUUGCAGGGCGUCAAAUGUGGCUGGUGUCUUCAUGGUUUCUGGUAUUCUGAUGUUCUGCGGUCCAUGCUACUACUUUGCAUUUACCUCCGACAAACGAUUUAGCAAAGUGACACCGUUCGGAGGCACUUGCUUCAUCCUCGGCUGGCUAGCAAUGCUCUAUUGAAUACUUCGGCAAAUGAAGAUAUACGAUAAGCCGGUACAUUAUCCCACAUUUGACUGUA